CCUACUAUAAAUUCUAUCAAACACUUGCCAUUUCUGUGUGCUCUGUCUCUCAAUUGCAAGAUAUAUUCCAAAUGGCUUCUUCCAGCUUCCAUCUUUUCCUCUUCUUUGUUUUUGCUUCCUUUUCUUUAUCAUACGAGGCGUCGUUGUCGAAGCAAAAGCCCCAAAGCCUAAUAUUUCCCAUCAAGAAAGACAAUGUGACCCUCCAAUACUCUACUUCAUUGGACAUGGGAACUCCUCUCAACUUCUGGGAUGGAGUGAUUGACCUCGGAGGCCAAUCGGUGUGGCUCAACUGUGACAAAUACAACACAUCAACCUACCGCCCAAUUCGGUGUGGCUCAUCGAAAUGCAAGGCCGCCAAGGGCUCUGGCUGUAGCGGCUGCAAUGCACCACGCAGGCCGGGUUGCACCAACAACACUUGUGGUGGCUCCCCUUACAACCCCUUCGAGAACCUGCUAUAUGGUGAAGGGCUUAUCGAGGAUGUCAUGAAUGUGCAUUCCACCGAUGGCAAGUUUUAUUUGCAACAGUCUGAUGUCCCUCAUUUCAUUUUCUCAUGUGCAGAUUCGCCAUCUAUGUUGAAAGGCCUUGCUAAGACUACCAAGGGGAUGGUAGGGUUUACAAGGAAUCAUAUUGCCUUACCUAUGCAGAUAGCAUUGGCACACAAAUUGCCUCCUAAAUUUGCUCUUUGUAUUCCAUCUUCAACUGAAAAUGGUUUUGGGGACAUUUUCAUUGGCGGUGGACCUUACUUUAUGCCUCCUUAUCCCAAUGAUAUGUCAAAGUCACUAUUCACCACUCCUCUCCUCAUCAACCCGGUGAGCACUGCCCCGAUUUAUACGGAAGGAGAGCCUUCAGACGAGUAUUUUAUCGGUGUGAGAUCCAUUAAAGUUGAUGGUAAACUUGUCCCUCUCAACGCUUCCCUGCUAGCCAUCGACAAAAAUGGAGUCGGUGGGACAAAGCUUAGUACCAUAGCCCCUUAUACCAUUUUGCAUACUUCAAUCUAUAAAGCUGUUAUCAAUGAUUUUGUGAACAAGGCUGCAGCUAGGAAGAUCAAGAGAGUGACAUCUGUGAAACCAUUCGGAGCGUGUUUCAGCUCAAAGACCAUCAUGGCUAGCACCAGGACUGGACCGGCUGUGCCAACUAUCGAUCUGGUGCUGCAGAGCAAGAGUAUAUAUUGGAGAGUUUAUGGUGCCAAUUCGAUGGUGAAAGCUGGGAAGGAUGUGUUAUGCUUAGGAUUUGUGGACGGAGGAUCAAACCCGAGGACUUCAAUCGUGUUAGGUGGGCAUCAAUUGGAAAAUAAUCUGAUCGAGUUUGAUCUGGCUUCCUCAAAGCUUGGGUUUAGCUCUUCACUGCUGCUCAAGAACACAAGCUGUUCCCAGUCCAGAAUCUUUUAAAUUAAGGAUUUCUUUUUCCUGUUUUUUUUUUUUUUUUUCCUUCGAAUAAGGAUAUGCAAGGGCAAUUCAAGAUUAAUGCUCAUUUUAUUUAAUAGAAUUCUACAUUAUUUUCAGUUUUAGCCUUUCAAAAUGUAACUUUAUGCUACCAAGUAGCAAUCUAAUAAAAGCUUUCAAUUUGAUGGGAUUAAUUUACUA